AUGCCGCCAAAACGAAAGGCACGCGCCGACGCCGAUGCGGCCGAUGGCCUCGAAGGAGCACACGCAGCACCGCCAGCAUCAGCAACAGCGCCGGCAUCGACAUCGACAUCGACCGACGCACACGAUGCCGCUCCCCGGCCCGCAGAGGACACACCAGCCACGACAACGACAACGACGACGACGACGACGACACCGGCAGCAGCAGAGCCGGUCGACUCGCUCAGCAAGGCCACAGCGCCCACCGUCGAUGUCCGAGCAGCCAAGCGCAUACACCUCUCGACCGAAUCGGCACUCUCGGCGCUGCCCCUGCCCGUGCUGCAGCGCCACCUCCCCGCCCAGCGCGACCGAUGCCUCGCCAUCCUCAGCGGCCGCCUUCCACCCGUCCCCACGGCUGACGACGGAAGCUUGGAACCUCCCGGCUCCGAGUGCAUCGGCCACGGCGAAGAGUGGCUCCACCUCUACACGAUGCUCAACGCCUCCGUCACCGCACGCGAGGGAAACAGCUGCCUCCUCAUCGGCAGCAGCGGCGCGGGCAAGUCGAUGCUCCUCGAUUCCGUGCUCCGGAAGAUUUCACACGACGCGCGGCCUGCUGCUCCCGCGAAAACGACGGCGGCGACCGUGCAGUCCAGGCACUACUACCGCGUCCACCUCACCGGGUCCAUCCAGACGACGGACCGUUCGGCCAUGAAGGAGAUGGCGCAGCAGCUCAUCAGCCAGGGCGCGUUUCGCGACGAGGACAUCCGCGAUGAGAUCGACGAUCAGCUCAACGAGCCCGAGUCCGGAGCAGGCGAGGCCGAGGGCGACGCAGAGCACCAUGACGGCGACGACGACGGCGACGGCGACCAUGGCGAGGCAGACGACCACGUCUUCGGCGGCGGUCCCGACGACGACGACGACGACGACGGCGGGGGCGAGGGCUACGAUGCCGAUGCGGCCGAAGAGGAAAACGUCGUGGCGGGCGCCAUCCUCUCGUCGCUCUCCAACAUCAUUUCGCACAUCAUCUCGCUCCUCUCGACGUCGUCGAGAGCGGCGGGCGCCUCGACUCGCAAGCCGCUCGUCGUGUCCCUCGACGAUUUCGACCUCUUCACGGCGCGGCCGCGGCAGGCGCUGCUGUACUGCCUCCUCGACGCCGUCCAGGCGGGCAGCUACGGCGCCGGCCUGGCCGUCGUGGGUCUCACGUCGCGCGUGGAUACCGUCGACCUGCUCGAGAAGCGCGUCAAGUCGCGCUUCUCGCACCGCAUCAUCCACGUGCGCCCGCCCGCGUCGCUUGACGUGUUCCAGCAGGUGGCGCGGCGUGCACUCCUCGGUGGCCGCGGCGGCGGCGGCGGCGACGCUCAGGACGCACCUUUGACGUCAGAGCAACGGCAGGACGACGACGAUGCGGCGGCGGCGGCGGCGGAACGACGGCUGUUUCUCUCGAGCUGGACCAGGGACGUCGAUGCGCUGCUAACGCAUCCGAGCUACGCCGAGAUCCUGCGCGCCCUCUACGACCUGACGAACGACAUCCGCCUCCUCUACCGCACCCUCUUCCCUCCCCUCGCCGCUCUAUCCCCCACCGCGAACGGUGCCGUCUUUCCGAUCGCGACGUUCCUUCAAGCGGCCUCGGACGCAGUAUCGGACGGGAUGGGUCGUACGACGCUACCGGCGCUGACGGAACACGAGUACGCGCUCCUCGUAGCGGCCAAGCACGUGCAGACGCGCGACCGGACCGUCUUCAACUUUGAAAUGUGCCUCGAUGAGCUCCGGCGCUUUGCCGGUAGGCAGUCGAGGUCGUCCAAGGCUCGCAGCCUCCUCACAGCUGCUCCGGGAAUCGAGGGGACGGUGGCGGAUCGAAGGACUGCCUUUCUGGCCUUCCAGUCCCUCGUGGCUUCCGAAAUCUUUCUCGUCGAUUCGGCAGUGGCGUCUCUGGAUAUAAAGGGUCCCGCUUCCAGCGGUGCCGGUACCGCCGGUGGAGCCGCUGCCGGUGGUGGUGGUGGUGGGGCGGCAAGAGGAGGGAGAGCGGGGAUAGCGACGGGCGUGGGCCAGGAAUUUGUCAAGGUGCGGUGUAUCCUUGAUCCGGCGGAUAUCGUCCGCAUCGUCAAGGAGAGGGAGAAGGUGGGCGGGUUGCCGGCGGGCUUGGUCAAGUGGGUCGGUAGCUCGGUCUAG